GGGAGCCUGCCAGGCUGAGCACGGCGGGACCCGCGACCCCCCCAGCAAGGUGUGGGUUAUUCCAGCUGCGGGUUAUCCUGGAAUUUGGGUUGUCCUGGAUGUAGACUAUCCCAGGUGUGAGUUAUCCCAGAUGACGUCCUCCACCAAGGUGUACUACAGCCAGACCACGCAGACCGACAGCCGCCCUCUGAUGGGGCCGGGGCUGCGGCGGCGCCGCGUGCUGACCAAGGACGGCCGCAGCAACGUGCGCAUGGAGCACAUCUCGGACAAGCGCUUCCUGUACCUCAAGGACCUGUGGACCACCUUCAUCGACCUCCAGUGGCGCUACAAGCUCCUGCUCUUCUCCGCCACCUUCGCCGGCACCUGGUUCGCCUUCGGCGUGGUGUGGUACCUGGUGGCGACGGCGCACGGCGACCUGCUGGAGUUCGAGCCGCCCGCCAACCACACGCCGUGCGUGAUGCAGGUGCACACGCUGACCGGCGCCUUCCUCUUCUCCCUCGAGUCGCAGACCACCAUCGGCUACGGCUUCCGCUACAUCAGCGAGGAGUGCCCGCUGGCCAUCGUGCUGCUCAUCACCCAGCUGGUGCUCACCACCAUCCUGGAGAUCUUCAUCACCGGCACCUUCCUGGCCAAGAUCGCUCGGCCCAAGAAGCGCGCCGAGACCAUCAAGUUCAGCCAGAACGCCGUGGUGGCGCAGCACGACGGCAAGACCUGCCUGAUGAUCCGCGUGGCCAACAUGAGGAAGAGCCUCCUGAUCGGCUGCCAGGUCACCGGCAAGCUGCUGCAGACCCACCUGACCAAGGAGGGCGAGAGCGUCCGGCUCAACCAGCUCAACGUGGACUUCCAGGUGGACACAUCCUCGGACAGCCCCUUCCUCAUCCUGCCGCUGACCUUCUACCACGUGGUGGACGAGGCCAGCCCGCUGCGGGACGUGUCCCUGCGCUCGGGGGACGGCGACUUCGAGCUGGUGGUCAUCCUGAGCGGCACCGUGGAGUCCACCAGCGCCACGUGCCAGGUGCGCACGUCCUACCUGCCCGAGGAGAUCCUGUGGGGCUACGAGUUCACGCCGGCCAUCUCGCUGUCGGCCAGCGGCAAGUACGUGGCCGACUUCAGCCUCUUCGACCGCGUGGUGAAGGUGGCGGCGCCCUGCUGUCACCACGAGGCCGUGCGGUUCGGGGACCCCGAGAAGGUCAAGCUGGAGGAGUCGCUGCGGGAGGCGGAGCGGGACGGGGAGGGGGCCCCGCUCAGCGUCCGCAUCAGCAACGUCUGAGAUGGGGGGACACGGAGGUGACAUCGGCGCCGGGGCCAGGGGCGGCAGCGGAGCGAGGGGGUGGUGGCAGAUGGUGGAGGUGUCGCUGUGGCUGGAGGUGGCACCAGGGUCAGGGGGGUGCCAGCAUCUGGGGGUAUCACCGCAUUCAAGGGGACAUCAACAUCUGGAGGUGGCGCCAGGGUCAGGGGGGCGCCAGCAUCUGGGGGUGCCACCAGCCCCAAAGGGACACCAGCACCUGAGGGUGUCACCAGAUUCAAGGGGACACCAACACCUGGAGGUGUCACCAGCACCAAAGGGACAUCAGCAUCUGGGGGUGCCGCUGGAUUCAAGGGGACAUCAACAUCUGGGGGUGUCACCAGCCCCAAGGGGACACCAGCCCCAAAGGGACAUCAACAUCUGGGGGUGUCACCAGCCCCAAAGGGAUGCCAGCGUCUGGAGGUGUCAUUGGAUUCAAGGGGACACCAACAUCUGGGAGUGUCACCAGUGCUGGAGGUGCCACCAGCCCCAAAAGGACACCAACAUCUGGAGGUGACACCAACAUCUGGAGGUGACACCAACCCCAAGAUGCCACCAAUGCCUGGAAGUGCCACCAGGUCCUGAAGGUACCACCAGCCCCAAAGUGUCACCAACACCUGGAAGUGCCAUCAGUGACUGGAUGUGUCACUAAGCCCUGGAGGUGUCCCCAACCACUGGAGGUGCCACCACCAACAUCUGGAAGUGCCACCAGCCCCAAAGCGUCACCAACGCCCAGAAGAG